AUGGAGCGCAUCUGCGCAUGGUACUUAUUUUACAAAGAGAUAAAGGUGGCUCCGGAAGAUCGUUCUAUGAUGUUAGCUUGUUCCGCUGUUUCUUCAAUGGACGAAAAAUUGAAGUGCUGUGAAAUAAUUUUUGAAACUUUAAACAUUCCGGCUUUAUGUAUUCAAUCUCAAACUGUGCUCUCCUUGUACGGUUCUGGAUACUCUACAGGAAUAUCAGUGGACUUAAGAUACAACACCGCCGAUAUAUGCCCAGUGUACGAAGGUGGACUUAUUCGUUACGCUCAUAUGCAAACUAACUAUGCUGGUGCGCAAUUUGCCAAUUUUUUCAAAGAGAGUUUAGCAGAGAAAAAUUAUCAUGAUUUUGGGAUUCGUAUACAAGAAAUUUUAGAGGGCAUGAAACGUUAUUUGUAUAUAACUCAAGAUAUAUCAAUGUCACGGAAUGAUUAUAAGAGAAUAUAUACACUACCCAGCGCUGAAAAAAUUGAUAUUGGUUACGAAGCAUUCAUGGGUGCUGAAAUGAUAUUUCAACCUCGUGUAAUCAUGGGACCUAACGUUAAUGUUAUAGCGUUACAAGAAGCUAUAGUCACUGCUGCUAUGAAGUGCGAUGCUGACUUACGGUCAGAGCUAUACGAAGCAGUUAUUCUGUGUGGAGGAAUGUCGAUGAUUCCUGGUCUGAGUACAAGAUUGGCAACAGAAGUAGAAGAAAUAACACACAAGCCAGUCAAUAUAUUUUUGAUUUUUUGUUUGUUAGCAUUAAUAGGCUCCGAAACACGGAGAAGCUCCGAAACAACUAAACCGAUUUGAAAAAAAUAUUUCCCUUAAGGGAAGUUACAUCAAACAUGGAUUACAUAGGCUGUGUAGCGGAAAAAACAGCAAGUAAAUAAUAAUUUUACUUUUAAAUUAAACAUAAACGAAUACAGCCGUUCUCCUUUAUCGAUAAUGUUUUGA